GAGCUGGUUUUUCAGGUCAUCAAGUUAAUUAGUGUUUAUUUUCAUUUCAGGGCUGUGCCUGCUUGCAGAUCGUAAGCAAAGCUUGUGGCUGCAGUCAGGGCGGGUAAUCUGGACUGACUCUCGGAUGGGGUAGGAACUGGACAGCUUGACCAUAGGAAAGAAAAAAGACUUGCAUUUAUAUAGCACCUUCCAUGAGCACUGGAAGCUUCACAGCCAAUGAGACCCUUUUGAAGUAUAGCCACUGUUGUAAUGUAGCUAAUUUGCACACAGCAAGCUCCCACAAACAACAGUGUGACAACAGCAAGAUGAACUAUUUUUGUCAUGUUGAUCAAGGGGAAAACAUUGGCCAGAACACUGGGGAGAACUCCCCUGCUCUUCUUCGAAAUAAUGCAAAAGGAUCUUUUGCGUCCAUCUAGGAGGGCAGAUAGGACCUUGGUUUAAUAUCUCAUGCUAAAGAUGGCACCUCCAACAGUGCAGCACUUCCUCAGUACUGCACUGGAGUGUCAGUCUUGAUUUUGUGCUCAAGUCUUAAAGUUGGAACCUACAAUCUUCUGACUCAGACGAAAGUGCUACCAACUGAGUCAUGGCUAACAAAAGAUAUCUCGACUGUGCCCACAUUUGAUUGUUUGAGUGACUCCUGCUGGCAAAAGACACUUGGGGACUUUGUCAGCUCUGUUUUAGUGCUUCUAUUGAUGUUCUGGAUCUCGCAACCUUCACCAGUCUCAAAUAGAACUCUCACCUCCAUGGAGGUGCAUCCCAAUUGUCUUCAUAACAAACAAUUUGUCUCUUAACAUUUCCCAACUACCAUACUACCAUAGUCCGUACAAGACUCGAAUACUUACAACUUCCAUAUGUGGACAGACUUGCUCCACUGAAAGCCUCGUGCAAGGUAGAAAUAGUAUUGGUCAUUGGCCAUGAGUACGAAAGGUUUGAAAGAAGCAGUACAGAAUGCUGCCAAGGAAUUCCUGUCCUUUGUGGAUAAGGGGGUGUCCCCAUAUCACGUUGUUGAAGAGUGCAAGCGACAUCUUCGUUCAGCUGGCUUCCAGGAACUAAAGGAGAUUGACCACUGGGACCUGAAACCUACCAACAAGUAUUACCUGACGAGGAACUACUCUACAAUAAUUGCCUUUGCGGUGGGAGGCAAGUACAAAGCAGGGAAUGGAUUCAGCAUGAUUGGAGCUCACACGGACAGCCCCUGCCUGCGGGUAAAGCUCAGGUCAAAGAAGUCGCAAGUGGGUUACCUGCAGGUGGGAGUGGAGUGUUACGGUGGUGGAAUCUGGAAUACCUGGUUCGACCGUGACCUCACAAUGGCUGGCAGGGUUUUGGUGAAGAAUGGAGACAAAGUGGAGCAUCGCCUGGUCAAUGUGGCUGAUCCAGUCCUUCGUAUCCCUCAUCUGGCCAUCCACCUGCAGAGAGACAUUAACGACAACUUUGGACCCAACAAGGAGACUCACCUGGUUCCGAUCAUAGCUACAGCUGUGCAGGAGCAGCUAGAACUGGGAGUGAAAUCUACUGGAAAUGCCAGCAAUGCGUGUCAAAUGUCAGAUAAACACCACCCUGUCCUUUUGAAACUGCUCUGCACACAGUUGGGAGUGAAUGUGGACAACAUCAUAGACUUUGAGCUGUGUCUGGCUGAUACUCAGCCUGGGGCUCUGGGCGGUGCUUUUAAGGAAUUUAUAUUUGCACCACGAUUGGAUAAUUUACACAGCUGCUACUGUGCUCUGCAGGGUCUGAUAGAAUCGUCCAAGGAGGGUGGGACGCUUGCAGAGGACAGCAAUAUCCGAGUGGUUACGCUGUUUGACAAUGAAGAGGUUGGCAGUGAGAGUGCCCAGGGAGCAGGGUCUUCCCUGACAGAGUUAAUUUUACGUCGCCUGUCUUCCAGUAGCCAAAACCUGACUGCGUUUGAGGAAGCCAUGCCCAAGUCAUUCAUGAUCAGCUCGGACAUGGCACAUGCUGUCCACCCCAACUACUCAGAGAAACAUGAGGAAAAUCACAUGCCGGCUCUGCACAAGGGGCCAGUGAUUAAAUUUAGCAGCAACCAACGAUACGCCUCAAAUGCUGUCACUGCUGCCAUAGUCCGCGAGAUUGCUAAAUGUGUGGAUGUCCCUCUCCAGGAUGUCAUGGUAAGGAACGACAGCUCUUGUGGGACUACCAUCGGCCCCAUCCUCGCCUCCGGCCUCGGGCUGAAAGUAUUGGACUUGGGGUCCCCGCAGUUGGCCAUGCAUUCCAUCCGUGAGAUGUGUUGUACUUCCAGUGUACUCCAGACCAUCACGCUAUUCAAGGGAUUCUUCGACCUCUUCCCGGCUGUGAUCAGCAGUGUGACCGUUGAUUGAGGCCAGCAGCUUCUUGGCCCCGAGAGGCUCGGAGGCCUGUCCGACCGCAGACUGAACUGGACGACUCAGCUCAGCAGGGCUUAAUCCACAUAGCCACCUCUGACCUCUGAAGGAUGACAAUUUUUAAUUAUGCAACUUUUGAUUAACGAGAAUCUGGAAAGUGUUUACAAACUGCUGCUUAGUAUUUCACUACAACGGGGUGAUAUUUUAAGGCUCUGUAACUCUACAUCUAUUCCGAAACAUUUGGGUGAAUUUUGUACUUGGGAUUCUGGGAGGGGCAGUCAUGUUCCAGUCUUAUCCAAAUUUCACACGUGUACUUUGAAAACUUAGCCCCGUGUAGUCUCCAUGCUUGUUGGUAGCAGCGUUCUGUAGGAACUAUCACGUCAUAACGUGCAACAUGCUUCUUGCACCAUACUCUCUGAUUUGUUGCCUCACAUUUGUUAACAAACAUACCUAACAGCACCUCAUUUCAGUGAAGUCAACAGCAAAAUCAGGCAGGUGCAAACCAGGGUUCCUCCAGAUCCCCACAGGGUUUCCUGGCACAGGCAGUGGCGUUAAAGUUACCCCAUUAUAUCUCUCGUAACUAAACCAUAGCUCGAUCUCCAGGAUCAUGGGGAGAGCUGGUGAGGAGCGGAGGUUUGAACGGAAGUAGGGGCACCGUACUGAAUCACUGAGUCUCUCCCAACUCCUGCUUAUGGGUAAGGCAAGGGUUUUCCUGCAAGAUGCCUGGGACAUGGGUAAUUAGCUGCACCCCUGUUACCGGAGUGACGGGCCAAAUGGCCACCUCCCACAUUGUGGCUUUAAUCUCAGGAACAAAUAUCUACACUUUGCUCAACUGAUAUGGAAAAGUCCAAAUGCAGAGACAAACCCAGCAACACAGCGAGGGAAAACAAGGCACUUUUACUAGUUAUGACACGUCAUGCAUGUCUCUUAAACUACAUCACUUUUUGAAUAAGCAAUAAACGUUGUAGUUCAAA